CUCUGGAAGUGCCGGGUGUACAUACACCGCGUUGUGCAGCUGCUGAGAGGACGCCUGGACGCGCGCGAGGUGCGCCUCGCCUAGAAGGCAAUUCGCAUAUUUGGGGAGAGAGAAAAGCGAAGACUGGCUGCAGGGAGGAGAGAGAGAAUCUGCGCUUCUUUGUCCGAGACAAGGAUCGCGCAUCGAAUCUUUGCGUCAGCAUUUUCUCGUUUCCUUGACACCGACGUGAGAGGAAGAGUCCGCGUCUCCUCUAGCCACAGGGAGACCUGGUGGACCGGAGUGAGUCCCUCCAAACGGUCUCUCUGUGGCGCGUGACUCGAGCGUUUCGUUUUCCAAUAGGAAUAUCCAUUUGUUCCUCGACACUCUCUGGGAUACGCUCAGACCCUCCAACUCUGCCAUCUCGCUUUCAUCAGUCUUCUUCUCCCCCCUCUCGCACUCUCUACUCUACCUACUUCUUUCUCUUUGUCUCUCUCCUUGCUCCGCCAUUUGCUCGUUUUCUUUGAUCCUCUCUCUGUCUGCUCUUGUUGUUCGCUACCUUUCUCUGUCGCAUGCGUGCUCCUCUUCAUUACGUCUCCCUUCUCCUCUCUUUCUUCCCUUUCCUCCUCUUGCUUAUAAGGCUGCUCUGCUGCGCGACUCGAGGCUGGCGCGUCUGUCUCACCGUCUUGUCUUCUUCUCAAAGUUCUUUGCAGCAAAGUCCUCAGCGUCUCGCCUCUGUAGACUCGGGAGUCCUUUUGCAUUACGCAAGUUGAAGUCUGCGUUCGACAGCUGAAGAGACCGGUUCUUUCUUCGUUUUUCUCUUAGGUGGUCUCGCAACAUAGUGAGGUUUCGAUCUGGAAACACGCUUAGGUCGUGUAACAAAUACUGGAAACGAACGCUGUUGAAAACUCAGACCUCAUGCGAAUAUCGUGAUCCGCUGGAGACACUCUUCUUCGUUUCGCCUGGCAGAGUUUAACACCCGAGAGAGAGAGAAAAGCGUCCGUCUUCGAGAGCAAAGGAGCCCCCUACCUCCUCGCCUCGCUCUUCAAACAUCUCUCUUCUCUUGCAGCAGACAGGGACUCAGAGUUUCCUCCCUCUCUUCUGCGUUCGCCGCACUUGCCCGACUGUUCUCCCAUUCCAUCUCUUCUUCCAACCUGCCCAGAGCGUCCACCGGACGGUGCGCUACCCCCUAUCCUCCCGCAGAUAGAGCAUGCAUAUCUAUCUAUUUAUCUAUUUAUCUAUCUAUCUAUCUAUAUAUAUAUAUAUAUAUAUAUGUAGUGUACGUACAGCGCAUAUGCGUAUACAUAUAUCUAGGUAUGUCGUCGAUGUAUACCACGUGUAGGUGAAUAUUUUUUUGUCCUGUUUUAACGAUGUCCGCGGGUCUCGGUUUGGGUGUCCCUCCACCUGGAGGUGGGGAAGCGUAUGCGGACUUUAGCCCAAUUUCUGACGAUGGCGAUCCCGGUGCUUCUUCGCCUUCCUUUUCAGCCUCUGCGGUUCCGUCAGGAAACGCGUUUUCGUUUCCUGCUGAAUCGGUUUUCCCUACACCCGGUCCGCCUCCCCCCGUUGUGGACCCUGCAGCUUCUUUUUCCAGUGUCCAUACACCCCAACAGCCGGCAUGCAGUGCGACGCCCGAAGCUCUCUCUUUCUCAACCUCUCUCCCUACUCCUCCUUGGCAAGCGGCGCCUGCUGCUUCUCUAAAGCGGCCUGCAAUUUUUCAGGGUGACGGCCCGCCAGCUGCUUCUGCAGUAUCCUUCUCCUCUCUUUCGUAUCACCCUGCGUCGCUCUCUUCGCUCUCUUCGCUCUCGUCUCUGUCUUCGCGUGUGCCUUCUUCGCUUCCUUCUUCUCUUUCUUCUUCGACCUCAGCGCCUUUUGCUGCUCCACUUGACGCGGCAAGCAUGGGGGCUCGCAUGGCUUCGCUGCGAGAGCCGUUUCACGGCAGCCUGAAGGGAAGCGCAGAGCAGCGGGGCGCCGAAGAAAGAGGGCAGGAAAGCGCGUCGCGGCUCGAGGCAGAAGAAGCUUUUCCAGAAAAAUCCAUUCGUCAGCAACUCAGACGCCUCGACAACCGACAGGCAGCGAUUGAGAUGCUGGCGAAUUUCCUGAUGCCCUUUCUGGCGGCGGACUCCGCGCGGCUGGUGCACAUCUUCGCAGAGGAGCUGCAGAAACCGAAUGUUUCUGCAGUAACUCGCCUCUCGAUUUUCUAUCUGUUUCACCAUCUUCUUCACCAGCCGGCUGCUGCGCCUUCUGCCCCUGCAGAAGAAGGCUGCGCGUCCGGUCACCUCCCGCCGCAUGCGAGUCAACGCUUCGGCGACUUGGGCUUCUACGUCUUCCUCGUCUCCUUCGUCAAGAUGCUCCCUCAGUUUCCGCCGCAUCUGACGGAGAAGGUUUUACGGUGUUGUUGCAUUUUUGCGGAACGCGGAUUUUACACGCACGAGGCGCUGCGGCAUUUGUUCGGCUUCGUGCCUCCGGGGAGUCUCUCGCUUUCCUCUUCUCUCCAGGAAAUCCAUCCUCUUCUCUCCAGUUUCCUUCAUCCUUCGCGGUGUACGAACAGGGAGGCGACGCCUGCGAGUCCACGGUCGCUGCAUGCGUCGGAAGCCUCGAGAAGCGCUCUCUUCGCCUGUCGCGCUCUUCCCCUCGCUGCGCUCAAAAGUAUCCUCAGAAUGCCCAGCGUCACCAAGGGUGUCGCCUAUGCGCGCAGCAAACUGCAAGAACUCCCGUUUGACUCUUCUCUGUCUCCCUCCGAUGUCUCCUCGAUUCUCCUCCCUCUCGUAUCUGAUCCGGCUUCCUCCUCUUCUUCUUCCUCGCCUUCCUCCGCUUCUGCCUCUUCUGUCGGCGUUUCUGCGCUUUCACUGGCGCCUCCUCCUGCGCUUCUCUCCGUCUCUCUGUUCGCGGGCAUGCCUGUAAACCAGCUGACAGAGUGCAGCGCUGUGCUCGACAGAGCAACGCGUCUCACAGGUCAGGAGUAUCUUCUUCUGCAGUCCUCGCUGUUCGACCUCUCCGCCCUCCUCCAGUGCAUGCACGAAGACUUUGUUCGACUCCGCGCAUCUCUUUCUGCCCUUGCAGAGGAAACGCCUGCCUCUGCCUCAUCUGUCGCUCUGCCUAAGCGUCCGCGCCACAGGCAGGCGGCUUCUGGGGAGAUGGCACGAUCCAGGGAAGAGCGCGAGAAAACGAAACGCGGCAGAAAAGCGGCCAGCGGAAAUUCCAGCGGAGAACGAGAAGGCACAAAAAAGUUCGAGGAGCAGCGCGAGCCUGCAGGCGAGGGAACAGAACUCAAACGCAUAUAAAGCAGACACGCGAAAAAGAACAAAAAGACGCCGAAGCCGAGACUCACAGAGAAAAUCCAAAAGAGGACGCGAAGGAAUUCACACUUCACAAUAUAAAUAUGUAUAUAAAUAUAUAUAUGUAUAUAUAUCAGUGUGUGUAUACAUUCCUAUGCAUGUAUAUGAAUAUAUGCAUAUAUAUAUGUGUGUAGCUGUGCAUGUUUAUGUGCAUAGAAUUGCGUUGGGGGCGAGGGAUUUCGACUGUUCUCUUUUUUUAUUUCGGCUUCCGCCGUUGGGAAGAAUGCGAGGUGUCUGUCGCCUUUUUCUCAGCACCCGUGAAAGGGUCUUGAGGCAGGUUUCAGAUUCUUUUUCUUUUCGAGUCCGUG